AUGGACGCCCAAGCCUACCUCAUCCGUCACGGCUGGUCCGGACCAGGCAACCCACUCAAUCCCGACCGCCCCCAGGGAGGUGGCCUUGGUCUCACGAGACCCAUUCUCGUCGCGCGGCGCUCUGGAAACCAGGGUGUGGGCAAGAAGACGACCAAGGACCCCACGAAUCAGUGGUGGCUACGUGGGUUUGAGGAUGCGCUGAAGGGUGUGGGGCAGGAGAGUGUCGGCGGUGCUGGGGCAGUACCGAAGCCGAAUGCCUUGACGAGUGAAUUGUAUCGGUUCUUCGUGAGGGGGGAGGUCGUUCCUGGUACGAUUGACGGGAAGAAGAAGGUGGUGGUUGUGGAAGACAUUAAGAAAAAGAGGAAAAGGAAGGAGGAGAGUGAGGUUGAGGAUGCUGAAGAGGCAAAGGCGCGGCGGAAGGAGGAGAAGCGGAAGAAGCGGAAGAUGAAGGAGGUUUCGUCCAGUGUCGAUGAGACGACUCCUGAGGGUCGAGCCGAGAGUAAAGAGGAGCGGCGACAGAGAAAGGAGGAGAAGAAGAAGAGGAGGAAACAAGAGAAGGAGCUGAGGAAGCAGGGGGAGAGCAGUGCCGGGGAGGACGAGAAGGUCGCUCGCAAGGAGAAGAAGAAAAAGGCAAAGAAGAAGACGGAAAAUCCAGAAGACGAAUACCCUACUCCUUCGUCUACGGAACCAGAGCAGACGGAGUCCAGCAGUGGACGGGACGAAUACCCAGACACAACGGCAAAGCCGAAGAAGAGGAAGGAGAAGGAGGACUUGAAACAGGACAAAAAGGCCCGGAAGAAAGGCGCGUCGUCCGAGGAAAGCACGAAAAAGAAUUCAAAAAAGUCAACAAAGUCGACAAAUGAGUGA